AGGAAUCUCCCUUACUUACAUCAACAAAUCCUUAUUAUUUUUAUGGAGGAACUUGAAACAGUACCGUAACUCUUAUUCCUUUGUCUUCUUUGUCUUUCCUAUUUGCUACUCUAUCAAGAGAAAAAACACUCACGCAUGUGCCUGCGCCCACACGAAACGACUGCCAAACCCUCCUUCUUUCCACUCAUCCCUGCAACCCAAUCGCAGUUUCUGUUUUUGGGUAGCUCUAAUCAAAUCAAGAUCGUGUCUUUCUUCAAGAUUCAGUGUUAUUGCCCUCCUGCGUCAACUGGGUUUCCGCCAAUUUUCAGUUACUCCUCUUCGGCUCUGCUAGAUUGUUAAAUUCCCAAUUCGCUUUUUUCCCUUUUUCUUUAUUAUUGUUGGUGGGUGAGAUUUCGUUACUGAGUCGGGUUUUCGAGGUUGGCGAGGGUCAUUGUCAGACGCCCUUUCCUUCCAUCGGUGUGAUCAUUCCUAGGUUGAGAUUUUUGUAUGCAACGAUGAUUUCUAUGCCCCGGUUGCUGUGGUUGCUGUUGUAUUUUGUGAAUUUGUAGGUCAUGAUAUUCGUCAAGAAGGGAUUGCUUCGUGGCGCGUAAUUGGGAUUUGGGAAGUGUAUCAUUGGUUCAUGGAGUGAUUAAAUUAGAUCAGAGGUGUUUUGUUUAUUGAUUUUGUGGUAAAUUAUAUUUUAUAUUGCAUAAUUGGAUGGUUGGUCUUGCGAAUAGGAGGGUGAGGAUCUAGGUAGGUUGUGGUGGUUUGUGUUGGUACUAGUUGGGAGGUGGUGUUUGUGCAAUUUAUUUGCAAUGUCUGGUGGAACACCGCGAGGGGGUGGUGGAUUUAUGAGGCAGAGGCAUAGCCAGGGGUAUUCAAGCAGUGGUGAUGACCUAGAGGAUGAUGCAUGUUCGAGGCACCGUCACUUUUUGGCCCCUAGUCCUUCACCAAAGACGUGGAUUGAGAUGCUGGAAAAUUUUCUUUGGCUUGCUUCGGCGGCUUUUAUUCUGUACUUUGGCGAUCAAAAAUCCAAUAUGAUACAUCUUUUGUGCCAUGACAGUCGAAUUAGAAGACUGCCUUUGUAUCUUGGGAUGAUAGGUAUUGGUUUGAAUACAAUAAUUUUCAUUUAUACAACGUUCUUGGCCUGGAGUGCUCGAAGAUUUGAUGAAAAAUGGGGAUUUAAAAAAUGGGAAAUAACAACCUUAUCUGUGUUGCCAUUCGUCACGGUAUUUGGAAUAAUCUCCUUUUGCUUGUUCUCCUUUGCUUUGUGGCCAAUAUGGAGUUUUUUGACACUUCCUCUUCUGUUUACACUAUUUAUGGCAUGCAUGGUAGUAAUCCCUUACCUCAUUAUUGGGACACUGCGGCCUGAAUACUAUGACGAACUCCGUACAGAUUAAGCCUCAUGAUUGAAGCGAGGAAUAGUACUGACUUAGAUGAUAAGAGUUUCUAACACAUGUCAAUGAGUGAUUGGUUGCUAUGUGGUUUGAAGUUUUGUCUCCGACGAGCAUGAUGUAUUAAAUGUUAUGCUUUCCUAAACCGGCGCUAACAGUGAGCUAAUAUUCUUUUCAUCCAUACUGUUUCAUUGGGUUAGAGUGAUGGUAAUGCGGCUGGUCUUAGUUACUGCAGGUACAGAUAUAGGACUUGUUGGUAAAAUGUUCAGUUCUAUCA